CGGACCUUCAGCAGAGAGGGGUGUGUGAGAUUUGUGUGUAUUUCAGCUGUAGUUCUGCUCAGUAUUAAGCAUUUAUUCAGACACAGGCAGGAUCAGACAGGCAGGAUGGUGCAGGUGGACCUGCUGUGGAUCACUGCUGCUCUUCUAUCUUCACCACUGCUCACACUGUGUGACCCACUCAAUGUUCUGUCUGCCCCGAACAUGCUGAGGGUGGGCAGCUCAGAGAAUGUGUUCGUGGAGGCUCAGGAUUACGCUGGAGGAGAUCUCCCAGUGAGGAUUGUUGUAAAGAAUUUUCCACAGAAAACCAUAGAGCUGGAAUCUAAAUCGGUGGUCCUCAGUGCUGGAAACGACUACCAGGCACUUGUAGCCAUAAAGAUUGCUGAAAACAGGGAUGUCUUCACUGAUGACCCCUUAGAGAAGCAGUACGUGUACCUGCAGGCCCACUUUCCCACCAGUGUGCUGGAGAAGGUGGUCUUGGUCUCCUUCCAGUCAGGCUACAUAUUCAUUCAGACAGACAAGAGCAUCUACACACCCAGCAGCACAGUUAAAUACAGAGUCUUCUUAGUGAGAUCUGAUCUGCAGCCAUUUGACCAGACUGCAGUCUCUGUUGAAAUCAUAAAUCCUCAAGGUAUCACAAUUGAACGGGACAUGUUCUUCUCCAAACAAGGGACUCUGACUGGGAAGUAUGAUAUCCCUGAAGUUGCCAGCCCUGGAAUAUGGACUGUAGCAGCACGUUACAAGAACUUCCCACAGAAGAACUUCACUGCUGAGUUUGAAGUGAAAGAAUAUGUGCUGCCAACCUUUGAGGUAACCUUAAAUCCAUCAAAGUCUUUCUUCUAUGUUGAUGAUGAUCGCCUUCAAGUGGACAUCACUGCCAAGUAUCUGUUCGGGAACAAAGUGGAAGGAAGUGCAUUUGUGGUGUUUGGUGUGAUGCAAGGUGACAGCAAGACCAGCCUGCCAGCCUCUUUAAGAAGAGUGACAAUCAGGGACGGAGAAGGACUUGUAACACUGACUCAAGAGAUGAUCCAGAAAACUUUUCCAGACAUUAAACAGCUGGUUGGAAGCUCUUUGUACAUUUCAGUCAGUGUUUUAACAGAAACUGGUAGUGAAAUGGUGGAAGCUCAGAGGAGGGGCAUUCCGAUUGUGACGUCCCCUUAUACCAUCCAAUUCAAAAGAACACCCAAAUUCUUCAAACCUGGAAUGCCUUUUGACGUCACGGUUUAUGUGACAAAUCCAGACCAGACACCUGCUGAAAACGUUGAUGUUAUAGUCAACCCUGGAGGUGGGAGGGGUCGAACCAAGGCCAAUGGCAUGGCAAAGGUCACAGUCAACACCGAAGCAGGAGCCAGGAGUCUACAAAUUAAUGUAAAAACCAAUGAUCCAGCCAUAUCAAACAACAGACAGGAUGAAAAGCAAAUGACAGCUGAAGCCUACAUUACUAAAGGAGGCUCCAACAAUUACCUUCACAUUGGUGUUGAUGCUGAAGAACUGAAAGUUGGUGAUAAUAUGAAAGUUAAUCUGAACUUCGUCAGAAGCCCUGGUGUCCAAAAUCAAGAUUUCACUUACCUGAUCUUUAGUAAAGGACAGAUUGUCCAAAUGAACAGAUUUAAAAGGCAAGGACAAUCUCUAGUGACUCUACCAGUACUUAUCACCAAGGACAUGCUUCCUUCAUUUCGUGUGGUGGCGUAUUACCAUGUCAGAGACUCUGAGGUUGUAGCUGACUCAGUCUGGGUUGAUGUAAAGGACACCUGUAUGGGAACGUUGCGAGUGGAAGUAAAGGAACCCAAGGGAUCAUAUGAACCUGGGGAGCGGUUUGGUCUUAAAAUUACUGGAGAUCCUGGUGCCAAGGUUGGUCUUGUAGCUGUGGACAAGGGUGUCUUUGUCCUCAACAAGAACAGACUCAUACAGGGCAAGAUUUGGGACCUCAUUGAGAAGCAUGAUACUGGUUGUACAGCUGGCAGUGGUAAAGACAGUAUGGGGGUUUUCUAUGAUGCUGGUCUGCUGUUUGAGUCAGACAAAGCAGGAGGAACCAACUCUAGGACGACAACUGACUGCCCCGCUCCACCAAAGAGGAAGCGAAGAGCUACAACUGUUCUACAAAUCAUACACACACUGACUGGAAAAUACAGUGGUGAUCAAAAGAAAUGUUGCGCAGAUGGACUGAGGAAGAAUCGGCUGGGCUACACAUGUGAACGGAGAGCUACAUUCAUCACUGAUGGUGCAGAAUGUGUCCAAGUCUUCCUGCACUGCUGCAAGGAGAUGGAGGCACACAGGCUGGAGAAUACAGAAGAGGAAAUGCUGCUGGCUCGCAGUGAAGAAAAAGAUUAUCUACACUCAGAUGAAAUUACCUCACGUACACAGUUCCCUGAGAGCUGGCUGUGGGAGGACAAGGUGUUGCCAGGCUGCCAAGCAGAUCAAUGUGUGACAACAACCUUCAACAUGGACAAUAACUAUUUGAAAGACUCCAUCACCACCUGGCAGAUAUUAGCCAUCAGUCUGUCUAAGACCCAUGGUAUCUGUGUGGCUGAUCCUUUGGAAAUGAUUGUUAAAAAGGAUUUCUUUCUGGACCUGAAGUUGCCUUACUCAGCAGUGCGUAAUGAACAACUAGAAAUCAAGACCAUUCUGCACAACUUCUCUAAUAAGAAACAUAAGGUGCGUGUGGAAUUCACAGAAACGGAGAAUGUCUGCAGCGCAGCCAGCAAGAAGGGCAAGUAUCGCACCACAGUUAAUGUUGAAGCACAGUCCUCCAGAUCCAUCUCAUACAUUAUUAUUCCCAUGGAGCUGGGCAACCACUGGAUUGAGGUGAAGGCUGCAGCCCUUGGUUCACCAGCCAGUGACGGAGUAAAGAAGGCACUGAAGGUGGUGUCUGAAGGUGUGUUAACUACAAUUGAGGAGAAGAAUGUGGAGCUCAACCCCUCUAAAGUUCCUGGUGGAGUUCAAGUUGUGCGUGUGAGGAGUGACGUACCAUUAUGGCAGAUUCCAAACACUCCUGCAAAUACAUACAUCACCUUGUCUGGUCAGGAGGUGAGUCAGACAAUUGAGCAGGCCAUCAGCGGUGACUUCAUGGGGCGUCUGAUUGUGCAACCUGGUGGCUGUGGAGAACAGACCAUGAUCUCCAUGACAUUGCCCCUCAUUGCCACACAGUACCUGGACACCACCAAGCAGUGGGAGGGAGUGGGCGUCCACCGUCGUGCCGAAGCGGUCAGACAUAUCCAGACAGGUUAUGAACAAGAGCUGACUUACCGUAAAGAGGAUGGAUCCUAUGCCGCUUGGAUAAACAGGCCGAGCAGCACAUGGCUGACGGCGUAUGUGGCCAAAGUCUUCGCCAUGGCCAGCAGCCUCAUUCCCAUUCAGGAGAAUGUUCUCUGCAGCGCUCUUAAGUGGCUGGUUCUGAACGCACAGAUGCCAGAUGGCAUGUUUAAAGAAAAUGCUCCUGUGAUCCAUGGGGAGAUGGUCGGAGAUGUGCAAGGAAAGGAUGCGGAUGCAUCUCUGACAGCAUUUGUCCUGAUUGCCAUGCAAGAAGGAAGUGAACUUUGUGCCAAGUCUUUCCCUAGUCUUGCACAGAGUAUGCAGAAGGCCAUUGAGUAUCUGGAACGCAGAAUUCCCACAUUGACAAAUCCUUAUGCUGUUUCUAUGACUUCCUAUGCCAUGGCCAAUGCUGGCAAAUUCAACAAAGCUCUCCUGAUGAGGUAUUCCUCUGGAGAUGGUGCUUAUUGGGAAGUCUCUGGAGGACACCACUUCUCCCUGGAAGCCACAGGUUAUGCUCUGCUGGCUCUGGUAAAGGCGAAGGAGUUUGACGCAGCAGGGAAAGCAGUGAACUGGCUCAACAGGCAGACCAGUCCUUAUGGAAGUAGUGGCACCACGCAG